AUGAAGCUGGCCACCCUCAUCAACUUGGGCCUUACCCUUGCAGGUGGUAUCGUCUCCGAACCCAUUCCCGUGAAUCUUGAUCUCGCAGCGUUCCAAGCAAUUUUCAACAGUAUUGACUAUAGCGCGAGCGCAUACUCCGCCGCCAUCAAGAGGGGACAAGAAGGAGGCAUUAUCAGUGCCGGUGAUAAUUUAGUCACUGACAUCAACAAAGGCGUUGAGAACGCUAAUGUCCAUAAAAAAUUCUCAGCUUUCGAGGUUCUUGGCCUUAUCACGCCCUUGGAAUCUCUCCCCAAGAAGAUCGAGGCAAUCACCGGCGAGAUCAUCGCUAAGAAGGAUGAAUUUAAGGACAUUGGCUUCGCCUACAAGAUUAAAGAGAAUCUCAACCAACAACUCGCUGCCGCCAAUGCUCUAAAUGAAGCUGUUAACUCCAAGGUCCCUAUAGAAUAUAAAGAAAUCAUCAAGGAACUCACAACUAGUAUUUCCAAAUCCAUCCAGAAGGGCGUUGAUGCCUACCAGGACCUUACUCCGCACCAUAGCACCACCACCGCAACGUCCACUGGUGAACACACCACUGAGCCAAAUGGAGAUUACCCAACCGACAAGCCCACUUACAAGCCAACCGACAAGCCAACCACUGUACCAACUGCUAAACCAACUGACGAGCCAACCGGCGGCUACCCAACUGGCAAGCCAACUGACAAGGCGACCGACAAGCCUACCGACAAGCCAACUGACAAGCCAACUGACAAGCCAACUGACAAGCCAGCUGAGAAGCCAACUGACAAGCCAACUGACAAGCCAGCUGAGAAACCAACUGACGAGCCAAAUGGCGGCUACCCAACUGGCAAACCAACCACUGAGCCAACUGACAAGCCAACUGACAAGGCGACCGACAAGCCUACCGACAAGCCAACUGACAAGCCAACUGACAAGCCAACUGACAAGCCAACUGACAAUCCGACUGAAUGUCCAACCGACUAUCCAACCGGCAAGCCAACCACUAACUCAACUGGGAAGCCAACUGGUAAACCAACUGAGAAACCAACUGACAAGCCAACCGGCAAGCCAACUGACUACCCAACUGUUAUGCCCACUGACAAACCGACCGGCGGUUACCGAACCGCAACCAGUGCUCCCCCCACACCUCCACACCCCACUAAAACCUCUUCUCCCCCUAUUGAGUUUCCCGGUGCCGCUACCAUGCACGGACAGAACAUUGUCGGUGUCCUUGCUGUUGCUGCCGUUGUUCUCACAUUUUAA